GGGGCCGGCACCGGCGGCGGCGGCGGUGCCGGUGGCUGCGCUCCGCUCCGCGCCGCUCCGCGCUCGCCAUGGCGGCCCCGGGCCCCCGGGCCCCCCCGCUCCUCGCUCUCGGCUUGGUCCUGGCCUCCGCUGCCGCCGCCGCCGCCGCCGCCGCCGCCGCCGGCACCGAUCCGUUCUCGCCCCAGCUCGGGGACACCGGAGCUUGCCACCGGCAGUGCGGCCGCAGCCUGCCGCACCGGGCCGAUGCUGUUCUCAACGCCUGUUACCGGGGCUGCCGGCUGUUCUCCAUCUGUCACUUCGUGGAUGCGAGCGCGGCGCUGAACACAACCAGAGCCGAGUGUGAAGCAGCGUGUGCCGAAGCCUACAGCAAGGUGCAGGAGCGGUUCGGCUGCAGGACCGGGUGCCGCAACCAGCUGCCGGAGGUGGAGAGCAGGAUGGACAAGAGCCCGGAGGUGAAGGCGCCGUCGUUCUCCGUGCUGGAUUUGGUCUCCACCUUCUGCAACGACAUCGUCAGCUCUGCCCAGAGCUUCAUCUCCUCCACCUGGACCUUCUACCUGCAGGCGGACGAUGGCAAAGUGGUGGUGUUCCAGGUGGGG